AUGGCCGAGCGAGUUCGACACAAGCUGCUGUCGAACGAGAAGACGACAGUGGAUUUGGUCUCCGGUCCAGAUUCAUAUCGCGAUUUACCGCGAUUAUUGGCCGUGACACGAACUGGCAAUUCGGCUAUCAAUGUACAGUUAUCAUUGGAAGAAACGUACGCAGAUAUCAAUCCAGUUCGUGUCAAUCCAUCAUCGAAAUCCGCAUUCGUGUACGGACUUCAUUCAUUCAUCGUUUCGUGUUUCAUAUCGAUAAUGCGUGGAUGUGAUAAUAUGUGUACGUAUUGUAUCGUACCGUUCACUCGCGGUCGUGAGCGCAGUCGACCGAUUCGUUCGAUUGUCGAUGAAGUGAGACGUCUUUCUGACGAGGUUGCGUUCCGAUUUUGUCUUUCUUUUGAAAUUUUCGUGAAUAUUCAAGUUUUUUGCGUUCGAGUUGUUUUUUUUUUCAAAUUCUCGUUUUUGUCAGCAUUUCGAACGGUUCAAAGAAUUUCAGUGUUGAGCUCGUGA